GCGCUGGAGAUACUGACGAGAGGUUUGGGGUCUGUGUGUGUGUGUGUGUGUGUGUGAGCAGCAGCAGCAGCAGCGAUGAAGAUCGGCACCCGGACCCUCAGCCUGGCUCUGACUCUGGCUCUGGCUCUGGCUCCAGGAGUCCAGGAGUGAAGCACGUUGGCUGCCUACGGGAAAGGAUGAUUUUUCUUGCAAGCAUCUCAACGACAGCAGCUUCUCCCAGCCAUUGAUUUGAAGUAGCACUCUUUUAAUUAUCUGAAAUUGAAGGCUUACACUGGACACUUGCCAUGUCUAUGGACCACAGCCCCACCACAGGAGUGGUGACCGUCAUUGUGAUUCUUAUCGCCAUAGCGGCUCUCGGUGCCUUGAUCCUGGGCUGCUGGUGCUACCUACGGUUGCAGCGAAUAGGUCAGUCAGAAGAUGAGGAAAGCAUUGUGGGAGAAGGCGAGACCAAAGAACCCUUUCUGCUGGUGCAGUACUCUGCAAAAGGGCCGCGGGUAGAGCGGAAAGCCAAGCUGACAGCUAAUGGGACAGAAGGUCAUGGUUAACUUUCUAUCACAGUUCAUGACUGCAGCUUCUGCCGUUUGGACUAAAUAACAUUUGUAGGAUAAUCAUUCAUACUGUGAAAGUUUAACUCUGUCUAAGCUGCUUAUUAAAAAGAAAUAGCAAAGUUAGCACAAGAGGAUACAGACUAGCCAGCAGUCUGUUCAUCUGCAACUGCAUGUUAUCAAGGAAGAUCAAGACUAGCCAUUCCAAAUUCUUGUUUAUUUUGCAGUGUUUCCUACUUGAAUUCUAAUCCCUUUUAACUGAGCCUAUAUUGGUGGAGCAACUACUGUUAAGUUUCAUCUCUACUGAACCUGUGGAUCUCUGGAAAAAUUGUGCGUAGAUCAGUUUGAAAUCUCAGCUUUCCGUAUUGUACAAGAUAGUAUUACGAACUAAAGGGCAAAAUGAACUGCUGUAAGUGUUACCAGAGAAAAGGCUGUGUUUUAAGUGAUCAUCUUUCAGUGCUUAUUUUGUUGUUGAGUCUAGGUUGCAGUGUUGGGGUUGGGGGGGGAGGGAUAGGGCAGUGUUCGAAGAGAUACAGAACUGCGGUAGAAAUGAUUUAGGGUGUUUAAAGUAAUUUUCUUGUAAAAAUUAUAGUCUGACACUACUAUCGAUGAUCAUGUAUCUAACGAUACAGCUAUUUUCAACUGGCUCUUUAUCUAAAGUUACAUCACCUCAAAUUAGAUCCUGUAUUAUCUUUUAAAAGGGGUUUUAAAAAAUGGAAGCGAAUGGGGAAAAAGAGCCGUCAUUUUAACAGGAUUACAAAAUGAAAGACACAGAAAUUGUUAUUGCAUUUUGUGCAUGAGAGGUUAUGCUGAAAUGAUGUGACUGCUAGGAUGCUACCAAAGCACUUUUUCCUAAACUGAUUCUAGUCUGGGCCUAUGAUGGAGAAGGCUGUAGUCACAGUCUGCAAGUGAUCCGGAAGGUCUCCAGUGGAGUUAAGAUGGUGGCUGAGCAGUUUUCUGUUUAAUUAAAAGCAUGUUUAAUGGGGUCAAAUUGUACUUGAACAGUUUCAUUUAAAAAUAACUUGAUAGAUUGUGGUACUUUAUGACCAGAUUUUUUCCUCCUUCCUGUAAUUCAUAGUUUACAGAAAUACAUUUACUGUACCUACAAUGUAACCAAGAUUUCACAUUAGUGCAAUAUUCAAAUGUAAACAAAUAAAGAAUUUCCCCUUUUA